GGUUGUGCUUUAAGUCUCGGUGCGUCCGGUUCAGCGGACUUUCCCUACACAGCUACAGUCUGACUACAGAUCCAGCCUCCGUUAGAGUCAUGGCAGAUCUGAGCAGGACGGAGAAGGUCGAGCUUCAUGCUCCAGAGCUGGAGGAGCUGCGAGCUGUUUUACAAUCAGGACUGGAAGCCAACUUUGCUGAAGUUCAGGUGAGUGUUGUGGACUGUCCGGACCUCACCAAGGAGCCCUUCCAGUUUCCUGUCAAAGGUUUGUGUGGAAAUCCUCGUAUCACUGAUGUUGGUGGUGUACCAUACCUGGUCCCUUUGGUUAAAAAGGACAAGGAAUACAACAUGAACGCUAUAUCAAAGGAGCUGGAGCUGCCGGGAGCUUUCAUUCUCGGUGCAGCAGCUGCCCCCAGCAGAAUUGUUGGAAUGAAUGCAGAGCUGAUGCCUCUGGUUCUGACCGAAGCCCAGGGAAGGUCUGCAGUGAACAGCAGCUACUUCUCCUCCAUCAAUCCCGCCGAUGGUCAGUGUCUGCUGGAGAAAUACAGCGACAAAUUCUCCGACUGCAGCUUCGGGCUGCUGGGGAACCUGUACGCUUGUGAAGGGAAGCCUGGGAAGGUCAUCGAGGUUCGGGCCAAGAAGCGAACAGGAAUCCACAGUCUGGUGACCGCCCUGAGGACGACUCUGGAAGGUCACUACCCUGAUAAAAGUCUGGCUCUAGGAGGCACCUUCAUCAUCCAGAAAGGAAAGGCUAAAAUCCACAUCAUGCCAAGAGAGUUCUCGGCCUGCCCCCUCAACACCAACGAUGACGUCAACAACUGGCUCAAACACUUUGAGGUCAGCGCUCCGCUCAUCUGCCAGUCAGUGCUCGUGUCCAGAGACCCUGGCUUGGACCUGCGUGUGGAACACACCCACUGCUUCAGCCACCACGGAGAAGGAGGCCACUACUACAUAGACACCACCCCUGACAGUGUGGAGUACCUGGGCUACUUCAUGCCUGCACAGUUUGUGUAUCGCAUCGACAGGCCCAAAGAGACCCACAAAGUUGGACGAGAUUGAAACACUGAAUAAAUCAUGUUGGUAGCGCGGUAUCUUUGAUCAUCCGAAUCAAGCAGGCAGUAUGUGAUUUAUAUUAAGUUUAAUCAUUUCUCUUCAUUUGAAAUCACCCCUCGUUUUUUACAAAUCACAUUUCUUAGAUACAAAACCUCAGGAUGCCACAUUUGGAUUUUCUUGGCUAAAGACCUGUCUAUGAUCCUCCCAUCUACAGAGGUUAUUACAGCUCUUGGUUGCCUUAUACCUUUAUGGCCAAAAAGUACCAAUAACUGUGAGAAAAAAGUGUUCAUCCAGCUGCAGAAACAGUGCUGCACAAUGUUGCAGACAUGCAUACAUCUACACAUACACCCACCCCGCCUCAGAGAACAGUUUCUGAGCUCUUUUUGGUCUUGUCACAUUUUUACUAACUGUUGGUUCAUUUAUUUUUUGUACUGCCCUGUAAAGACCUGCACUUCAAGAUGGCAUGGCUGGAUAUGGAGAAAACUAAAGAAAAAACAUGUCUGGUGUGCAGUAUGACACAUUUAUAAUGCAAUAAAUCAUGAUGUGAAGAAUUUAUUUAUUAACAGAAUAAACAUCUGCGGCAUUUUUCCAAGUGCCCCAGGUGUUGUCAACACUGGGAAAUAUGCAGAAUUCAAACAUCUCAUAACCAAAAAAAUGAACAGAACCAGACAGGGAGGCAGAAAGAAAUUGGUGAUGGAUGAACUACAAGAAGCAACCAAGGUAAAAAUGUAGUAAAACAUUUUGAUGCAACCUAAAUAAAUCUGAGGUGGAACUACAUAGGAGUUACAGGGAGCUCCUAAUUAGACGUGAACUUUACUGGGAAUAUGUUUCUAAAAUAUGAUCAAUUUGCAAUGCAUUUCUGUUUUUCUGAAUCGUGUAAAAUUAGGCUGAAUGAACUAUGUGGUAUUCACAAGUUUGAUUCGCCUCAUGUUCACUGUAAUGAAGAUAAUGGUAUGAUUGUUGUUUCUGCCAUGACCAUCAAAGUGGAAGCACUGAGAAAAUAAAAUGUUUUCUUCAAUUGAA